AUGGAGGGAGAUUCCGGCGCCCAUCUUCAUGUCGCCGUGUUUCCCUGGCUGGCGUUCGGGCAUAUCCUGCCCUACUUCGAGCUCUCCAAGGCCCUGGCUCGCCGCGGCCACCGGGUCUCCUUCCUCUCCACCCCGCGCAACAUCCAGAGGCUGCCCAAGGUCCCUCCCGUCUCGUCCCAUCUACUCCACCUCGUCCAGCUUCCCUUUCCCUCCGGAACCCCUCUCCCUCCCGGCGCAGAGGCUACCAGCGACAUCCGUCUCGAGGACAAUGGGCACCUGAAGAAGGCGUUCGACGAACUGGAGGCCCCCUUCGCCGCCUUCCUCGAUUCGGUAUCCCCGCCCGUCGAUUGGGUAGUCCACGAUUUCUCCGCACACUGGAUGCCCAGAUUGGCAGUCCCUCGCUGUCUUCCGUGCGCCUAUUUCAGUGUAUUCUCGCCCCCAUGCUUGGCUUUCUUCGGAGCCCCUUCAAUGGUCCUUGGGGCCAGCGGCGACGGCAGCGACGGCAGCGACUGGUUUUCGAACGUGAAGAGCCUCACCGUGCCGCCGCCGUGGAUCUCUGGGAUCGCGACUACAAUCGCCUUUUACACUUACGAGGCCAUUGGGCUUUCCGUCGUUACCGUCGUCAAUGAGUCCGGCGUCAGCGAUUCCCACCGCUGGGCCUCCACAAACGAUUCUGUCCAGCUGGUGAUCGUACGGAGCUGCCCGGAGCUGGACGGCGACUGGAUCCGCCUCCUCCAGGAUCUAUUCGCCAAACCCAUCAUCCCAGCCGGCUUUCUCUCCCCGGCGGUGCAAAACGGAGUUGCAAGAACCGUCGCCGCCAAUCCGGACGGUGAGAUCUUCGAGUGGCUCGACAGGCAAACGCCCGGCUCUGUGUUGUACGUCGCCCUCGGCAGCGAGGCACUGUUAAGCGUGGAACUUUUCCACGAGCUCGCCCAGGGCCUUAAUCUCUCCGGGAUCCCCUUUCUCUGGGCCCUUAGGCGCCCCGCCAGCCUACCGCCCGAUGCAGAGCUAAUCCCGGAGGGGUUCGAAGCGGAGACCGCCGGCAAGGGCAUGGUAGUGAAGAGGUGGAUCCCGUAGCCGGAGGUUCUGGCUCACCCGGCGGUGGGGAGCUUCCUGACCCAUUGCGGGUGGAGCUCCAUCAUUGAGGGACUCAGCCACGGGCUAACCCUGGUGCUCCUGCCGCUGUUCGCAGACCAGGGGCUCAUCUCGAGGCUGGCGGUGGAGAGGGGUUACGGGAGGGAGGUGCCCAGGGCAGAGGAAGACGGGGCGUUCACCCGGGAAGGGGUGGCGGAGACGGUGAGAUUUGUGGCGGCGGACACCGCCGGAGAACCCUUGCGGGAGGCGGCGAGGGCUGCGGCGGCGGUCUUCUCCGACUACGCGCUGCAGGAGAGCUACGUCGACGGACUUGCCCAGUACCUGGUGGAGAACAAGUACAAGCUACGGCCCUAG